AUGCUCAUACUACUAUAUUUGUUCGAAUCGGCCGCUGAUUUGCCCGCGGCACACUUCAAACACUUUGCUGGGCCAUGCCACAGAAACAAGAGGAAGGUUGUUCGCCGGAAUCCAAAGAGUUGCGAUGUUUACCUGCGUUUGAUGGUGAAGCUGUACAAAUUUUUGGCCAGGCGCACGCACUCGAAGUUCAACAAUAUUGUGAAACGUCGCCUUUUCAUGAGCCGUACUAAUCGAGCUCCUCUCUCACUUUCUCGACUGGCAAGACAAAUGAAAAAACCCGGUCGCGAGGGGAAAGUCGCUGUCGUCAUCGGAACCGUUACAAAUGACAUCCGUAUUCGUGAGGUUCCCAAACUAACGGUUUGCGCUCUUCGGAUUACGGCUGGUGCUAGAAACAGGAUUUUAAAGGCCGGCGGUAAAGUCAUGACUGUUGAUCAGUUGGCUCUGAUGACUCCGCUUGGUAGGGGCACUGUGCUUCUCCAAGGACCUAGGAAGGCACGUGAAGCCUGCCGCCACUUUGGACCUGCUCCUGGUGUUCCCGGAAGCCACACAAAGCCAUACGUUAUUUCGAAGUCCCGAGAGCGUACCAACGCGCAUCGAGCGUAA